AUGUUUCUGAAAAGAAACACCUGUUUCAUGGUCUUUCUGUUGUGUUCUCUGACUCUGUGGUGCAAGUCGACCAGCGCAGGCUCCAGCUAUCUCAGCCCUUCACAAAAACCUCAGAACAAAGGGAGGUCUUCCAGGGUCGGGCGCCAGCUCAUGGAGCCGCCGGGUCCUCCGGCUGAGGAGAACCACAUCACAAUAAGCGCUCCCUUUGAGAUUGGCUUCACUGUGAGGGAGCAGGACUUUGAGGAGUACGGCACAGCGCUGCAGGAGGUCAUUCAGCGUCUGCUGGGAAACACAGACCCUGCAGCAGGUAGGCCUCAUUUCUCUGUUGGGGGAAAAGGUCUUUACAUGCAGCUCAAUGCCACUGCCCCAAUUCUCGCCGUGUAUGCCAACCCUGAAGCCUGUCUAAAGAAGGACUUUAGAGUUAAGCGAUCUAGUGUGGUGUAUUUAGUGCAGAUGUUUUCCUCCCCAAAGGACCACGGAUGGGGACAAGACAUCGAGGUGCUUGUUCUCCUCUACAGCUUGGCCCAUGGACUAUCACUCUCUGUGGUAGGUUCAGCAUUCGGGAUUCCCAAAUCGACGGUCCACAGGAUCAUCAAACACGUCACCGGGAAGAUAAAGGCCAACCUGAAGACCCUCAUUUCCCUGCCAACCCCAGAUGAGCUGCCAGAGAUUGCAGAUGGCUUCUGUCAGCUUGCAAAGAGUCCUGCAUUUCACCGUGCUGCUGGUGCGAUUGAUGGAUGCCAUAUUCGCAUCAAACCUCCAGGAAACGAGUACCACAAGGAGUACAUCAAUUACAAGCUGUUUCCUUCCAUCCAGAUGCAGGCCAUCUGUGACUCAACUGGGAGAUUCCUGGAUGUCUUCAUCGGCUAUCCAGGCUCCGUUCAUGAUGCCAGAGUACUGCGAAACAGCCCCAUCUUCUGCCAGGCACUGUUUCCCCCAGCUGGUUGGUUCCUCUUUGGGGACGGUGGUUAUCCCUGCCUGGAAAAACCAGUGGGAUUACUCACACCCUACAAGGUCCCUCGCGGCCAGGUGCAGGCCAGAUUCAACAGGCAUCAUGCCAGGGCUCGGUCUGUGGUGGAAAGAGCAUUUGGAAGGAUGAAGGCUCGCUGGAGGGCCACCCUUUUCAAAGCGCUGGAGGUCAGUCCAAGCUUUGCCCCUGACAUCAUUGCAUGUUGUGCAUUUCUGCACAAUCUGUGCAUAGACAUGAACGAUGUCCUUGAGGAUGCUGAAGCCUUCCCCCCUGAAGAUGGGGACCAGAGUCCUCCCCCUGCCGCAGCAUGUGGACAGGAAAGUCCUGGACACCACCUAAGGAACAGGAUUGCUGCACAACUCUCUGCUCCUGUCCAAAUGGCACCACACCUGAGAGAGCACGAUUACAUCUAAUGAACUUUGUUUUUUUUUUGGAAAAACGUGGUUGUCUGUUAACUUGUGUUUUUGAAAUGAUGUGCACACAUACCUGAUUUAAUUUUGUUUGUUUUAGUGAGCUCCACUUCUCACUUUAGAGAAAAGAGGUGAAAUAAAAUAAACCUGUGCACCGUUGAUUUCAAA